AUGGUUGACGCUCGUGAAGGACAGCGAAAGCUUGAUGAAAUUUCGAAAAAUUCUGUAGAUUCAAAUGAUGACGAAAUUCUACCACUGAACAAAAAAACUGAAGUAGCACCAAAAGUUGAUCAGUUUCGAACAGCAAAGGAUCAACAAAAACUGUAUGAAAGCUAUGCUAAAGACAAUAAUAAAAGUUUAAAACUAACUGAAAAAGGAAAGAUUUCAGAGAGAAAAGAAGGUAAACAGAAUUUUAUUAACAUUAGCAAAUCUACUUCGGUAACAAAUGAAAAUUCUGACCUCGAUAUGGAGUUUUCUUCUAAUGAAAAGCCUCGACAAUGCGAAAAGGAAAAGGGUAGCACCAAAGAUGAUGAACGUCCCACAACAGCCUCAGAAUUUGCUAAAACUGUUGAUCUAUAUUUGCAAAUUCAAGAAGUAAAAUCUCAUUUUCAAAAAUGUUUGAGUGAAGAAAGAGCUAAACUAAAAAAUUCGACCGAAAAUAUAUUUAAACCCAUAGAAUCUAUUGAUUUAAACGAAUCUGGAACAAAAAUAAUUGGUAAUUUGUCAGAACGUAAUGGUCAUUCUACUGUUAAUCGACGUCAAGCUCUGGUAUUCCGAAAUUCUGGUGUUGAUUUCGAUCUGUAUACUGGAUACCGAUCAGAUAAGAAUUUUCUCAGUGCAAACCACCAAAACAAUAAUGAUAACACUAUUCGAAAAAAGUUUCGUCGGAAACUCUCAUGUAUUUCAGAAAAGAGUGUUGAGCAUUUAAAUGAAAACAAAGAGGUGUUGCCGACUUCAACGUCUUGCCCAUCUACUACUCGUUGUAGCGCUAAAAAAGUUAGACACUUUAGACGUAAACCUCUCCCUAACCAAUUCCUCGAGAAUAUCAAUUUCAAGAAUAUAUCAGAUGUGCGGAGAAAACAAGGUAAAAAAGAGGAAAAGAAUUAUGUAUGCGCUGAAAGAAAUUAUCAUCGAAAACAAUGUCAGGAAAACAGAAAUGAUUUUGAUAAAAAACCACCGACUUCUGGAUCCACUUCUCUUAACGCCAGUAAGAUGGCUUUCAAUGAAGUAUACAAUACAGCUAGAAAAUAUUCUAAGGAAAUGCGCAACACUGAAUAUUUAUCCAACACUGUUAGAAAAAAUAGUCUAAAUAGAGAGUUAGCUGAUUUCAUUAAUUUGCAUGUUAAGAGAAGGCCGCCAUGGGACUCAUCACCACUUAGAGAGAAUGAAUUGGAUAGGAUCGCACCUAUCAGAACAUUUUUAAACCUUCCAGGAUCAUCAAACAGUCGACCAGUGAAAACCUUUUCAAGAGUUACGCGUUCCCUUGUUAACUCGCCUAAACAUAGGUCUUUAAGUUUGACGAAACCAGGAAAGUCAUCAUCAUUGCUUAAUUUUGCUGCUGGAAAAUCAGGCCUUCUAUUUACACAGCGACCUCCAUCUAUAUCAAAUCUAGACCCAUUAAUUAAAGAAAAUCUUUGGUGGGGUCAUAAAUCUGCUAUUUCUUAG